AUGGAUUUAUCCAGUGUGAAGGGCUUCGAUCAGACCACUGUACUCCUGAAUUCACAGACGAACACUUUGGCGAAGGUGAGUGAGCGUUAUAAUUUUUUUAACGGUUACUUUUGUAUUUUUACCAUCUUCUCCAGAUAAUUUCCGUCAUUUUAAGCGCUCGUGGAGGUCUGUGGCAUUUUUUAGAAAAAAGUUAUGAUUUUUUGAAAAAAAUGUAGGAGGCGAUGUCAUUUUUUAGUUCAAAAUACUCUCUUCAACUUGUAGCAUUUCAAAACAAAUAUAAAAAUUUUCCAGUCCGUGAUAUACUUCCUGCAAAAGUACGAUUGGACCCGAAUCGCGCUCGUUUCGCCGUCCACCACACUCAGCGCUUUCGACUCGCGCGUCAGAUCGGAUUUAUUGGGUUUGUCAAUUUUUCUCUGUGUAGGCUCGUAUUUUCGACGUAUUCUUCAUGUGAUGCCGGUCAUUUUAGGCCAAAGAUGGAGUCUGUAGCAUUUUUCUGAAAAAAGUUAUGAUUUUUUGAACUUUUUUUUUCUAACACAUUAUUCAAAAAUUGUUGUUUUUUUUCAGAUGCUCUGGCGGCCAACAAAAUCGAUAUUCUCGUUGAUUCUCGGCUCGAUCCAAUGAGCGAUUUUUCGCAAAAAGUGGAAGAAGACGCUCAAAAAGCGAGAAGUAAGCUUUUUUUUUACCUAAUUACUAGAAGUUUGACCAAUAAAUUCAAUAAAAAUAUUUUAAUGUUUCACAAUGAUCUGAAACAAAAAAUAAUUCAUCACCGCUCGUGUUUCUCUAGGUUUCAGUUGCAAAGUGUCAAUUCGGACCCGACUUUUUUGAGAUUUAAACUUCUUUUUUUUUCCAGUUUUCGUCAUCUGUGACUGGUCUUCGAACGCGAAUCUCCUAAGAAAUUACCUGUUCCGUCUGGGCGAGCUGAACAAAAUGCAAUCCGGCGAGUAUUUCGUCGUCGGAUUCGUCGCCUACGACGCCAAUUAUCAGUGGCUGGAGGCGAGCAGCGGGGACCAGCGAUUAUUGCAUUUGGGCGCCGCCGACAGUACGUUUUGAGCGCGGAAAUUGAUAAUAGUGGGGGGCAUAAGCUCAAUACAGAUUGACGGAUUUAUUAAAGGUGGUGUCCAACGUGACAUACAACAUAUUUUUAAAAUAAACUUCGAAGUGGGGCAUUCACUUUCCCGAAGUCCCGAAUUACGAAAAAAAUUCCCCGAUUUUAAAGAUUUUUUUCAAAAAAGUUAAUGGUACCGAGAGAAGUACACGGCGAAAUGGAAGAGCCGGCCUAGAUUUUUCUAGUCCCCGGAUGGAAUUCCCCUUUUUUUCGAUUUUUUUCUGUUUUCGUGCAAUUUUCUUAAAUUUUCAAGCGUUUUUUUUCACUGAGCACACAUAUUUGCAAUAUUUAAAAAAAUGUAUGAUUUUUUCUGUGCCGUGACGCCAAAAAAAUCGAUAAUCUGAAACUUUCAAAAUUCAGAAAUUCAGCCACUUUUUGUAAAACUCUAUUUAUUUUUCAGCGCGCAAACCGAAGAUUGAGCGAAAAACCCGGAAAAACAACAAAAAAAAGUUUCAGAUUAUCGAUUUUUUUGGCGUCACGGCACAGAUAAAAUUAUAAAUUUUUUUUAAAAAUAUUGCAAAUAAGUGUGUUCAGUGGAAAAACGAUUGAAAAUUUAAGAAAAUUGCAUGAAAACGGAAAAAAUUCGGAAGAAAAGGGAAUUCCAUCCGGGGACUAGACAAAUCUAGGCCGGCUCUUAAAUUUCGCCGUGUACUUCUCUCGGUACCAUUAACUUUUUUGAAAAAAAUCUUAAAAAUCGGGGAAUUUUUUUUGUAAUUCGGGACUUUGGGAAAGUGAAUGCCCCACUUCGAAGUUUAUUUUAAAAAUAUGUUGUAUGUCACGUUGGACACCACCUUUAAGGGGCUCGGAGAGUGAUUUCCUCGUCUCAGGACGUCUAAUAGCUUCAAAUUUGCAGUAAAUGACUAUAAUCUGACUGAAAACGACCUUCAUGCCGUCUACAAAAACGUGGUGAUUCUAUCGAACGGUCCUCCGCCCGCAGAGGCGAAUAGCACGUGGGCGGAGGUGAAAACGCAAGUGUUGGAGGCAAAUACGAGGAAAAUUUGUCCGCCGUACUGUAAUUCGACCGUUUCCGAGGUGAGUUCGGAUAUUGUAGAGUUCUCUCAUGAAUUCUCGACGUCUAGUGGAGCAAUUUUGUAGUUGACAGUGUAGUUUAAAGUGCUCUCACUUUGAGGAGCUACAGUACUCCAACCGCGUGGUCCUAGAGAAAAAUACAGUACUAGAUGUCAAGUUUUCACACAAAAAAGGCGAGACCCAAAGUACGUCUCGGAACUCUACAAUAUCCGUUCAAAUUUGAACCUGAAAAAGCGGAUUUUCACAUGAUUUUGAAGCAGUUUUUUCGGUUUUUUUGAUAUAUUAUCGUUUUCCAGAAAAUCUCUCCGCGUUGGGAUCGAAUAAAACUGCUCUUCGACGCGAUCCAGUAUUUGGCCGAUUCGGUGAACGACGCGUUGAACAUCGGCGCGAAUAUUUACGAUUCUUCGGUGUUUUUCGAAUAUUUGAUAAGUCGACAAAUUGAAAGUGAGUCUAUGAUAUCACGGAGACAAAAUUUGCAGAAAAAAAACCGCGUGGUUGAACUGAUUGAAGCCGAAAAAGUGGAGCAUUUUAGGACAUUGUGAAACAAAUUUUUUUAAAAAUUUUUUUAAAAAAAUUUUUUUAUAAUUUUUUUAAACGCUAUUUCCAUUGUUUAUCCAUGUUCUCCAGAUAAUUUCCGUUAUUUUAAGCGUCGGUGGGGGUCUGUAGAAUUUUUUCGAAAAAAGUUAUGAUUUUUUGAAAAAAAUUAAAAUUUGCAGGCAUCACAGGAGUGACCGAGUACGUGGACGGGUUCGGGGCGAUCGGUGGUUCCAUGCAAGUCUAUUACCACUUUUCAAGCUCCGCCCACAACGCCUACGCACUUUUUGCGUGCGCCCGCCUUCAGCAAAUUAGUCUGUUGAACGAGAAUUGGACAAUAUUCGAUUAUACAGAGGAGGGACUAUCGAUUGAUUUUGUGAACGGAAGCGCUCCGAAGGACACGCCCACGUGCGGGUUUUACGGAGAAAAGUGCGGACCGCCCGCAAACAACACUUUUAUCAUUGUGAUAUCGGUCGGCGUGGCGGUCCUCAUCGGAUUGGCAAUCGCCGCCGCGUUUCUCUACAAGUUAGUUGGUCAUCGGUAGAUUUUCAGCAUUCGACAAUUUCAGACGGUACCGAUACGAACGAAAACUCCAUUCGCUGUUCUUUUUGAUCGAGAGAAAUCAGAUAAUUCUAAAAAAGCACACGAAUUUGAUGAGCACUCAAAGUUUGCGAAGUAUGGCCAGCAUUCAUGGAUCUUUUGUUGCGGCGGUAAGCGAUUUUGGGUUCUUGACAUCUAGUUGAGCAUUUUUUGUCUUGACACUUUUUCUCUACGCCCAUCCGUUGGCCUACUGUAGCUCGGCAAAGUUAGAGCUGUCUGUUGAAGCUUCAAAUAGCUACAGUAAGCCAGGGAGUGGGUGUAGGAGAAAAGUGUCAACUAGAAAAAUGUACCGCUUGUUGAGUACUAGAAUUUUGUAGUUGACACUUUUUCUCUACGCCCAUCCGUUGGCCUACUGCACCUCUUUCAAGUUUGUGAACGCUUUUAGGUACAAAAAAAUUCGACUUUUGUAACAGCGAUUAAAUGCAAUCAAGGCAAUGUCCUACUCAAUUGACCAGUUGAAUAAGAAACACUUAAAUUAGCAACAAAAUCGAUUUUUCAAUGAUUUUCCGCUUCCGAACGUGUCGCCGCUCGCCAGGAUCCUCUCCACCGGCCCCUACAACUCUACAAUAUCGAUUUUAAAUAUAUUAUAUUGUAAAACCGACAUUUUUGCAGUCGCAAACCCUCCGCGACUCGCACUUCUUCAUCGAAGACUACAAUAACAUGCCGGCGUCGAGUUCCUCCCAAAUAUCAUCGCUUUUCGCCGACGGAUCCGCAUCGACAGCCCGUGCGACUGGUCCGUUCGGCACCGCUUUUGGAGGCGCUUCGGAAGACGAAAAAUGGAGUGCGUUGACGGAUUUCGGCGUCGGACUGUUCGAAGGACGGACGAUCGCGUUGAAACGAAUCUACAAGACGGAUGUGGAGUUGAGCAGAGAUGUUCGCAUGGAAAUCGCCAAGGUUAGCGGUUUUUGCCAUCAAAAAACGAGUCUUAGGGCUCAUUUUAGGCCGAAAACGUAAAAGUUCGGUAGAGCGCACUUGCGAUUCUCUUGAAUUUCAGCUCCAAGAGUCGUCCAACUCGAAUAUUAUCAGUUUCGUGGGAAUGGUCGUUCAAUCGCCCAACGUUUUUGUGGUCUACGAACUGGCGCAAAGAGGAUCGCUGAAGGACAUUCUGGAUAAUGACGACAUGCCGUUGGACGACGUUUUCAGGAAUCAAAUGACCAAGGACAUCAUUGCGGUUCGGUUUUUUUGUUGUAAAAUGCGUUUUUAUUGACUCGAACUUCCAGGGACUCGAAUACCUGCACUCGUCGCCGGUCGGCUGUCACGGCCGUCUAAAAUCGACAAACUGUCUAAUAGACGGUCGCUGGAUGGUGCGACUCUCCUCGUUCGGGCUCCGCGAGCUGCGAUGCGACGAGAACGAAUUGGAGCGCGAAAACGAUGUGCAGGAGGGGAAAAGUCAAUUGUGGACGGCGCCGGAACUGCUCCGAUGGACCCAAGGCUCACUGGCGCAGUGCCCGGUCAUUCUCGUCCAGAAGGCCGACGUUUAUUCGCUGGCAAUUGUGCUCUACGAGCUGUUCGGACGUCUCGGACCAUGGGGAGAUGAGCCGAUGGAACCGCGGGGUGAGGGGCUUUAUGGAUGCUAUUAAACUAUUAUAAACUUCCAGAAAUUGUGUCAAUCGUAAAAGCCGGCUCGUUUUCCCGCGAGAAAAAGGCGUUCCGUCCCGAUUUGGCCGUACUCAAAGAUUCGCCGCAAAUUGUCCGAGAUACAGUAUCGGCCGCCUGGACCGAGGAUCCGUUGGAUCGUCCGAGUUUGUUCCAGAUCAAACGGAAACUUCGUCCACUUACCACUGGAUUGUGAGCCUUUGAAUCGUUAAACUUUGAAUCGAUAUUGUAGAGUUUUGAGAAGUCGCGGCGUUCUGGAAAAGUUUUUACGUAUUCUUGACAUCACGAAGAUCAUUUUUUGUGUUGACACUUUUUCUCGACGCCCACGCGCUAGAGUACUGUAGCUCGGCAAAGUUAGAGCACCGAGAAGCUGUCAGCUGAAACUUCAAAUAGCUACAGUAAUCCAGGGAGUAGGCGUAGAAGAAAGUUGUCAACUACAAAAAUGUGCGUCUCGAUGAGUACUGUAUUUUUGUAGUUGACCGUUUUUCUCUACGUCCACGCGUUGGGUUACUGUAGCCUUUGCAAGUUUUCACGAGCCUCGGGGUCCCCUGACUUUUUAAAGAGCUACAGUACCCCAACGCGUGGGCUUUGAGAAAAAGUGUCAACUGAAAAGUUGUGGUACUAGAUGUCAAUAUUUCAAUUAAACAUUCCCAGCACUCAGGAAUCCAAUGUUUCAUUCAGAAAACGCACAAUAAUGGACAAUAUGGUGUCGAUGAUCGAAAAGUACACGGACAAACUGGAAAGGGACAUUGCCGAGCGAAAUGAGGAACUUGAACGAGAAAAAGAGAAAUCCGAAAUGCUGCUGAAGAUGAUGCUUCCAGAGUUUGACCGAAAAUCGCUUUUCAUCAAUUCCGAAAUGAACCGUUCAGAGUCGUGGCUGAAAGUCUCAAAAAGGGCUCAAAUGUGUCGGCCGAGAGUUUCGAAAACGUCACCGUCUUCUUUUCCGAUUGUCCCGGAUUCGUGGAGAUGUCGGCGAGCAGCAAGCCGAUCGACGUGAGCGCCCGAAUCCGUUCCGCCACGUUUCGUGCAUUUUUUCUUUGCAGAUUGUCCAAUUCCUCAACGAUUUGUACACGUGCUUCGACCGCAUCAUCGAUCAAUUCGACGUGUACAAAGUGGAAACGAUCGCCGACGCGUACAUGGUCGCGUCGGGAAUUCCGGUGCCCAACGGAAACCAUCAUGCCGGAGAGAUCGCCUCGCUCGGAUUGGCCCUGUUGAAGGCUGUCGAGGUGGGCCCGCCCGAUGAUUUGGAGCAGAGAUGUUGGGAAUUCCGUGUUCCGUGUUCCGUGUUCCGCGUUUUUUUGCAAUAUUUUUUCCGUGUUCCGUGUUCCGUAAAAAAAAAAUUUCCGUGUUCCGUAAAAAAAAAAUUUCCGUGUUCCGUGUUCCGUGUUCCGUAGAAAUAAGUUUUUUUUCCGUUUUCCGUGUUCCGUGUUCCGUAUAAACUAUAUUUUCCGCGGAAAAAUUCGAUCACAAGUGGAUUCCAUUUUCAGUCGUUUUUUACUGUAGUUGUUUACUGUUGUGUUGUUGGUUUUGUUAUUUUUUUAUGAAAUUUUCAGUAAAAACUUUCACAUGAGUCAAACAGCUGCCUUGUCAGUCAGAUAAUCGAAUUAAACAAAACAUUAUUUUUUUAAAAAAAUCACUGGAAUUCUCUUGAAAAACGCUUUUUUUCCGUGUUCCGUAAAAAUUUCCGUGUUCCGUGUUCCGUAAAAAAAAAUUUCCGUGUUCCGUGUUCCGUAAAAAAAAAAUUUCCGUGUUCCGUGUUCCGUAGAGUAAAAUUUUUAUUCCCAACAUCUCUGCUUUGGAGCAUUUUGAGCCAAAGAUCGAGUCUGUGGCAUCGUUUUGAGAGUAGCUAUUGUAGACGUUCAAAAUCCGUCACUUGCCCACUGAAAAAGUGCGCCUGCGAAUCGGAAUGAACACCGGAUCUUGUGUGGCUGGAGUCGUUGGAUUAAAGGUAAAAUAUUGCAAGUUCACAAAAAAAGGUACAACAUUUCAGAUGCCACGAUAUUGUCUGUUUGGAGACACUGUCAACACGGCCAGUCGAAUGGAAAGCAACGGAAUUCGUGAGCUCUUUGAGUAGAUAUUGUAGAGUUUUGAGACGUGUCUUUUGACAUCUAGUACUGUCCUUUUUCAGUUGAAACUUUUGUUCUACGCCUACGCGUCGGAGUACUGUAGCUCGGCAAAGUUAGGGCAACUUUCGAGAGCUACAGUAAUCCAGCGAGUGGGUGUAGAGAAAAAGUGUAAAAGACAAAAAUGUAGUACUUGACAUGGACAACAUUUUUGUAGUUGACCGUUUUCUUCUACACCCACGCACAAAAAUAGAAGAGCUCUUUGAAGUUUUUACAAGCUUCAAGGUGCCACCUAACUUUGCCGAGCUACAGUAGCCCAACGAGUGGACGUACAAAAAAGGUGUCAAGUGCAAAAAUGUAGUACUAGACAUGAACUUUUCAUUGAAAAACUUUUCUGACCUGUAGGACCACGUAGAACUCUACAAUACUCGUUUUUUUUCCAGCGCUCCGCAUCAACUGCUCGGAAUCGUCGAAAAUCGCGCUCGACGAGCUCGGCGGCUACGUGACAGAAGAGCGUGGCCUCGUGGAAAUGAAGGGAAAAGGAAAGCAGAUGACUUAUUUCGUCCGUUCGGAAGAUUCGGCGUCGAGAAGAGACCGAAUUCUGAGGGAACGUGUCAAGUUUGCCAGUUUGAAGAGGGCCCGAGUGCAGGAGAAGGUGUUUGAAUUUGUUUAA